AUGUUUGCAAGACAAGCUACUAAGACGGCCAGAUCCGGAAUCAGAUCCGUUGGUGUGAGACCAAUCUCCCAAUACGUUGCAAAGGCUUCGGUCACCGUUGAGCUCGGAAAGCAGAUUUACGUUAGAGAAGGUUUGGCCCCACCAGCCGUUUCCGACUUCCAAAAAGUGUACUCCGACCUCUACAAGAAGGCCUUCGAAUUCUCCGGUAACCCAAAGGCUUCUGCCGAUCAAUUGAUUAAUUUCACCAAGUCCUCGUCCAAAGAUGAACUCCUCAGAUAUGGUGCUUACUUCAUCCAAAUUAUCGGUUUGUUCUCCCUCGGUGAGAUCAUUGGAAGAAGACAAGUGGUUGGCUACCCAUCUUUCGGUCCAAAGGAGCACCACCAUUAG